CGGCCGGGCGUGUGAGCGCCGGCGCGGUCCGGGCGCACAGCCCGCCCAGGCGGCCGGCAGCCGCCGUUAUCUGAGCCGCUCCGUCGCGGGUGGCUGCUCCCGGCUCUCCCGGCCGCGGCAGCCAAGGCGAGACGGGCCGUGGGGCGGCGGAGGAGCCGGGAAGCCAAGCCCCGGGCCAGGGCAGGAGCGAGCAGAGCAUGGAGCAGUGUGCAGGAGGAGCAGUCCUGAAGUUGAGUUUGCGAGGCGACACGGCGGCGGCGGCCGCGCUGCUCCCCCUCCUCUGCCUCCCCAUGGAUAUGCACUGCAAAGCAGAUCCCUUCUCCGCGAUGCACCCAGGGCACGGGGGUGUGAACCAGCUCGGGGGGGUGUUUGUGAACGGCCGUCCCCUGCCCGACGUGGUGAGGCAGCGCAUCGUGGAGCUGGCCCACCAGGGUGUGCGGCCCUGUGACAUCUCCCGGCAGCUGCGGGUCAGCCAUGGCUGUGUCAGCAAAAUCCUGGGCAGGUACUACGAGACUGGCAGCAUCAAGCCCGGAGUGAUUGGUGGCUCCAAGCCCAAGGUGGCAACGCCCAAAGUGGUGGACAAGAUCGCGGAGUACAAGCGACAGAACCCGACCAUGUUUGCCUGGGAGAUCCGGGACCGGCUGCUGGCUGAGGGCAUCUGCGACAACGACACGGUUCCCAGCGUCUCAUCCAUCAACAGGAUCAUUCGGACCAAAGUUCAGCAACCUUUCCACCCAACGCCGGAUGGGGCAGGGACAGGAGUGACUGCCCCUGGCCACACCAUCGUUCCCAGCACGGCCUCCCCUCCUGUUUCCAGCGCCUCUAACGACCCAGUGGGAUCCUACUCCAUCAAUGGGAUCCUGGGGAUUCCUCGCUCCAAUGGUGAGAAGAGGAAACGUGAUGAAGUCGAGGUAUACACUGGUCCUGCCCACAUUAGAGGAGGUGGAGGUUUGCAUCUGGUCUGGACUUUAAGAGAUGUGUCCGAGGGCUCUGUGCCCAAUGGAGACUCCCAGAGCGGUGUGGACAGUUUGCGGAAGCACCUGCGGGCCGACACCUUCACCCAGCAGCAGCUGGAGGCUUUGGAUCGAGUCUUCGAACGUCCUUCCUACCCUGACGUCUUCCAGGCAUCAGAGCACAUCAAAUCAGAACAGGGGAAUGAAUACUCUCUCCCAGCCCUGACCCCUGGGCUUGAUGAAGUGAAGUCAAGUCUAUCUGCAUCCGCCAACCCCGAGCUGGGCAGCAAUGUGUCAGGCACACAGACAUACCCCGUCGUGACCGGUCGUGAUAUGGCGAGCACCACUCUACCUGGUUACCCCCCACACGUGCCCCCCACUGGCCAGGGAAGCUACCCUACCUCCACCCUGGCAGGAAUGGUGCCUGGGAGCGAAUUCUCAGGCAACCCAUACAGCCAUCCCCAGUACACGGCCUACAACGAGGCUUGGAGAUUCAGCAACCCCGCCUUACUAAGUUCCCCUUAUUAUUAUAGUGCCGCCCCACGGGGCUCCGCCCCUGCCGCUGCUGCCGCUGCCUAUGACCGCCACUAGUUACCGCGGGGACCACAUCAAGCUUCAGGCAGACAGCUUCGGCCUCCACAUCGUCCCCGUCUGACCGCCCACCCCAGAGGGAGGGAGGACCGAAGCCACCCGCCGCCUCUCGGCCACCGCCCCAGUUCCACACCCACCUUGAGACGAGCCCCCUCCCCCUGCAGCCCUGCCCUUCACCUUGUCGGUGCCGGACGGGACUGCGGAGCCUCAGGUGGGAGCCUCGGACCCAGCCCGCCCGCGCCCCUCCCCGCCCGCCAGGACCGCGGCGCCGCCCGGGAGCCCGCCCGCCUCUGGCCCUCGCGCCGGACACGUUUCUGUGACACACAAUCAGCGGGGCCCACCCGGGGCAGCCCGCUUCCUACGCCCGGGCACCGGGAGGCUUCGCUGGAGACGCUGAGCGAGGGACACUGAGGAAAGGACUCCGGGGCGGGGGCGGGGCCGGGGCGAUCCAGCCCCGCCCACCCCACGUGCCUGCCGGGCCGACCCCGCCUUCCGUCCGUGCGGGCCGCACGCGGCGGCGCCGGGCGCGAGGGUCAGGCGCGGCGGCGUCAGCGUUCUCCAAGGCCGGGCGCCCCCGGCGGGCGGACGCCGCCUGAGCGCGGCCUGGGCUGCCUCCCCCGGGCGCGGGGUCCCCUCCCACGGAGACCGCUCUCGGCCCGCCCGGCCUACCUCAGCGCCGCCUCCACCUGCCGGCCUCGCUCCCGCUCCGGCGCGCCCUGGCCCGCCCCAGACGCCGGGGCUUGGCCCCGAGCGCGCAGCCGCGCGGGGGCCACCGCGGGAACAGUCUCCUCCGGCUGCGAACGCUGACCCUACCCGGCAGGGAUCUGCUGUCCCCACCCCAGACCCCCAACCUGCGGCCGGUCGGAGCCCCGGGGGAACUGACGAGCGAGCUGUCCCGAGGCGAAAAGCCGAGGCUGCCCGCCCCGCCCCACCCAAACCCCUGCCCUCCCUCGGGCAGGAGCUGAACGGAGCCGGGGAAAACGUCUACGCUUAUUUAAUACGACGGUCUUCGCGGAAACGAACCCAACAGCCUAGCAGGCGGCUCUGUGGAAGACGGUGUGCGCGGUGUGGAGGCGAACCUCUGUACAUAGCCCCUCUCUGCCCCGCUCGGCCGGGUCCCGGCUCCCGUAGAGCCCCUGUCCCCCACCUGCCCUGCCUGUAGACACACCCUGCUGUCUGUGCUGUGAGAGUCGCCGCUCGCUGGGGGGAGGGGGGACACAGCUACACGCCCACUAAAGCACAGCACGUCCUGGGGGAGGGGGGCGUUUUUUUACGUUACAAAAAAAAAAUUAUGAAAGAAAUCUCUAUGCAAAAUGACAUGGUUCCGUGGACACCUCUCGACUUUGUUUUGUUGGCUGUUUCUCUGUAAUUCUGUGUUUUCGCUCUCACCUCCCCGCAUCUCUUCCCUGCUCAUCUCCCUUUUCUCUACUGCUCUCCCCUUCUGUGUCUCUUUCUCUGCUUCACUUGUCUCUGUCUCGGUCCAGCCCUCCCGCCCCCGGCCUCCAAGGCUACAUCCAAGGUGGCAGAGCCAACCUCCUGGCUGGCCCUCUGUGGCCGCGCCCCACGUGCCUGGCCGGGCCGCCCCGCCCCACCCCGUAGUUGCUCUCUCGGUAGCGGCGAUGCUCCCUGCAUGUCUCCUCAACCGUGGAUCGUGACGACUCGAAAUAACAGAAACAAAAUAAAUAAAAGUGAAAAAUAAAUAAAUAAAAAUCCUUGAACAAAUCCGAAAAGGCUUGGAGUCCUAGCCCAGAUCGCUCUUCCCUUCGAGCCUUUUUAUUUGAAAAGGAAAGCGAGCAAAGAGAACAGUCCAAGGGCACUGCCGGCGCCCAGUCGGGCUCCGGUGGCUGGAGCCGGAUGGCGAGGGCACCAAGGUCCCCAACUCCGAGGCCCGGCCCGAUCCAAAGCUUUGUGGGUCUGGCCGCGCUCCGGGAGUGCGGAACCCAGGCCCAGGCUUGGCCUUCCAAAGGUCUUCCACACUUCCGGUCCUCCGCCACUUUCAACGUGUCGGUUCGUUUUUUAUUAUUUUUUUCCUUUCUUUCUUUCUCUCUUUCCUUUCUUCUUUUCUUUCUUUUUUGUGCACAUGAUAAAUAAUAAUAAAUAAUAAUAAUAAAAUUUUGUAUGU